UGUGGCAGCAGUGCUCAUGCUUUGACUAGUAAACUUAAUUGUGUCCGACAUUUAUUUAAUUGUAUUUCAGACGGCUAACAAGAUCUGCAGUACCGCCACCGCCAGAAGCGCAGAGGUUGCUGGGAUUUGCUGUUAUGGCGCCGCACGCGAUCGUUAACCAGGUGCUGUAAAAAUAACCGAGGAACUUAACGAUUUGCUUAUUCGUCUGCGGCCGAUUGUUCUCCUACGCUAUAUAGACAUAUACGGAUAAUACCCGCUACAGUGUUUUAAUCUUGCAUCAAAUCAGUUGGACUAGCAUGUCUGCACAAAAUAAAGCCAUAGAACUGCAGCUUCAAAUGCGACAAAAUGCAGAGGAUCUGCAGGAUUUCAUGAAAGAGCUGGAGAGCUGGGAAAUGGACAUAAAGAAGAAAGAUGAGGAACUGAGGAGAGAGAGCGGUGUUGAAAUUACACAAGAAAAUUUGCCACCCAUUAGAAAUACUGAAUAUAGAAAGAAGAAAAGAGAAAAUAGCAAAGUGGCUGCCAAGAAUGCAAAGAAUGAAAAGAAGAAAGCAUCCAGAAUAAAAUCCUGCGAUUAUGUGGCAUGGGAAAAAUUGGAUGUGGAUAAGCUAAUGGAAUCAGUAGACAAAGAAGAAAGUCCAUCUGAAUCUCAUGAAUCUGAUUCUGAUGAAGAUGGGAUUCAUAUUGACAAGGAUCAAGCUCUUUCUGAGAAGGAAAAAGGAAAUAAAUUCUUUAAAGAAGGAAAGUAUGAUGAGGCAAUAGAGUGCUAUACAAGAGGUAUGUGUGCUGAUCCAUAUAAUCCAGUUUUGCCCACAAAUCGUGCUACCAGUUUCUUCAGACUAAAAAAGUAUGCUGUAGCAGAAUCUGAUUGUAACUUAGCGCUUGCUCUGGACAGAAACUAUAUUAAGGCUUAUGCCAGAAGGGGGGCAUGUCGGUUUGCACUCAAGAAGUUUGAAGGUGCUCAACAAGAUUAUGAGAUGGUCCUAAAGCUGGAUCCUGAUAACCUUGAAGCACAAAAUGAGCUGAAGAAAAUAAAGGAGGCUUUGGGGUCCCAAGAAGUAAAACCCAACAAAAAAGAAACAUUAGCAAACGAAGCACCACAGGUAGAUGAGAGUGAGCAGAAACGGAUUGAAGAAGAGCAAUCAAAACAGCAGGCUGUGGUGCAAAAAGAUCUUGGUAAUGGUUAUUUCAAGGAAGGGAAGUAUGAAGCAGCUGUUGAGUGCUACACCAGAGGAAUGUCAGCAGAUGGCACCAAUGCUCUUCUGCCAGCAAACAGGGCCAUGGCAUAUUUGAAACUGGAAAAGUAUAAAGAGGCAGAGGAUGAUUGCAGCACUGCCAUUGCUCUGGAUGCGACUUACACCAAGGCUUUUGCCAGGAGGGGGAGUGCAAGAUUAGCACUGGGAAAGCUGAAAGAAGCCAAACAAGAUUUUGAGACAGUUUUGAAUCUGGAACCAGGGAAUAAGCAAGCAAUGAGUGAACUCGAGAAAAUGAAAAAGGAGAUGGUUGCGAAAGGUUUGAUAUCAGAACAUCAGCCUGCAGAACAGAACAUACAAGGUGAUUGUCAGCGAAGAAUUGUACAGCCAAUAAAUAAGCCACCUCAUCUGCGUUCAAAAAAACCCCUAAGACGAAUGGUUAUUGAAGAAGUUGGUGGUGAGAUUUCCAUUUCAAAGAGGACAGAAAGGACAACUAUCUCAGCAGCAUGUGAAACAGUAUCCUCGUCUAGAACAGUAGUGAGUGAAAGCCAAGCUGUACCAAUGGAAUGUGCUCCUAGUCCUAAAAUGCUUAAAAUAGAGGAGAUCUCUGAUUCUCCUGCACAUUCCACUGACAAAAGUCCCAUCACAAAUGAUGUGAAGAAGGUAGCUGAGAAAUGUGCUGAUGUGGAAAACGUAACAGAUCAGAAGGGAUUACCAUUUUCCUUACCAGAGUGUUUAUCCAUUCCUCCUGUUCCUGCAAAUUGCUUUCAACUUGAAGCAGACUUGAGGAAGCUGAAAAAUCACCCAGAUGUGAUCUACAAGUACUUGAAGCAAAUAGAGCCAAACAUGUAUCCGAAAAUUUUUGAGAUGUCUUUGGAACCUGACAUUCUGAACCAGAUUCUGAAGGUUUUCCAAACAUUUUACAUAAAGUAUGAAGAUCCAAUCCUUGUUUUUGAGAUUCUAAAGAACCUGGCAGAAGUGAGACGAUUUGACAUGGCAGUCAUGUUUAUGUCAGCAGCAGAAAGGAAAGUUGUACAAGAUUUGUUCACCUCUAUUCUUCACGGUGGCUUGGAUAAUGAAGCAGUCAGAUGCCUAAAGAAGAGAUACAGUCUUUGAUGUUUGUUAAUACAAGCCUGUUAUCAACAAAAUGAACAUUUAUUUAAAAAAAAAUUGUGGUCAAGAAUUGACCUCUCAUGCUGUUGAGAAGAGCCCUAGCAACUGAAAAUAUUUGCACAUAACUUUUUCAGAUAAUGUAACAAAAUACAAAAGAUAUGUCUUUUAUGUGAAGUUGCCAAGUCUAAAUAUUUUGAUUACUAUUCUGUCUACCCUUAUGUGUUCAACUGAUUAUUGUUCUAUGGAUUUACAACGCUGUGAUGUUUGUUGUACAUACCCAGUUAGAGGUCUGGAUUAAAUAAAUUAAAUCCACAUGACAAAUGCAAGUAAAAGCCCCAUACAUGUUGGCAAGUUUUUAUUGAGUUAAAGCAAGGAGCUCCUGGCAAACAAAAAGCUACAGUCAAGUAUGAGGUUUGGAAUUUGCCAUUGUUUGAUAGUUGUUCUGUAAUCACAUAUAUGAUAUGUAAAUUGCAGUGUUUGAUAGGUCGAAGGUUUGAGUUGAUCUCUAAUCUUUAGCAACUAUUUAGUGUUUCAUAAUCACUCUCUUAAUUAAACAGUAUUGACUAUGGCAACACUCACUUCUGGUUAAAAAUGUCCAUGCAAAAGAAUACCUGCAGCAUAUUUUAGUUAAUACAGUUUGACCUGCAGUUUGCUAUUUUACUACUUCAGGAUUUAGCUGACCAGAUGCAGCAGAGACCCACAGUAGAAUUAAGUACAUGUAGCAUUGCUGUAGCUAUAGCUGUAACUUUUUGGGGGCUUUUAAAGCUCAUAUGGUCAGUUGAACAUGUGAUUCAAGAUAAAAAAAAGUGUUGGGUAGAUGUUAUCUAGUCCUUUUUGGUUUUACUGGUUCUUCAGAGCAGGCUUUUUGUAUUGACAGCAAUAAAAACAUUAAUGUGUUCAGUGAGAAUCCUAUAAUUUCAUAUUUAGCACAUUUACUUUUAAGUUGGUAGUUAAAUGUUUUCUUGAACGGAGCCUUAUGCAACCUUAUGCAAAAAUAACCAGAUGGUGUUUAAAAAUUAGCAAUUUAAAAUUAAAUUCACCAUAGCAAAUUAUAGUCACAAUUUAUUAUUUCUAAAUGGCAUAUUUUGAAAUUGUUGGACUUCAGAGUGAUUUAAUGGAGUUAAGCUUUAAUAGAUUAAGACACGUGGUAAUUUCCCUGUAAAUGAUUAAUUAUGCAGUGUGUUCAAUAAAUAUUUGUAAAGCUGGUGAUGAAUAAGAAUUAGAAAUAGGAAAUAACAUGGUCAUAAAACAUUAUAUUUCUUUAUGAGGUGUAUACAGUCAUUCGAGUGAUUCUUCCAAAGAUUUUUUCCUGGUGUACAGAUGUUUUGAGACACCAUAUCACAAAAAAUGUUAACUGAUGAUCUUUUAUUCAAGGUGACUUAAUAAAAAAAUAUCAAUGUAGAGUGAGAUGAAAAAAGUUAAUGCAGUUAUAUUGCAUAACAAUGAUGAAAACAAACUUGAACUAAAAAUAUUUUACAACAGGGUUUCCAACCUUGAUCUGGAGAGCCCCAAUCCAUUAAGUCUUAUAGGUCAUUAUUCAAAGUAUAAGUAUGAGAUGACAGGCUGUUGAUGCAGUGAGGCCAGCUUAGAGUUUCAGUAUUGCAGGGAAGAACAAAGCCUUGAACUAGAAACUUUAUAAAUAUGUAAAUUUAAGUCUUAAGUACACAGGUUUGGUCACACACUCAGGACAAACUUUAUUUCUGAAAAGCAGAUUUAGAAAACAAAAGCCUAGAAAAAUAUAUUGCAUCAUUAGUGAACCUGGUAAAGAUCUAUACAGUUAUACAGGAAUGGCUUGGGGACCCAACACUUUUGAUUAUAUUACAGGAGUCUCCAUAGCCACGUGAAGUAGUAGCUGAGUAGUGUGUGGAUGUGUAGGGGAAUGACAUUGAAAAAUAAAACACCCUCUACCACCCGAGAAGCACAUUUGAUGACUAAAUAUUUCACUUAAUUCAUAGACUCUUAUGUAAUCAAAAGAAAUUAAUUGCUGUGAAGUCAUGCUUCUGGAUAAAUAUGUUAAUAAAUGGAUGAAUUUUGGAUAUUA